AUGCGGGACUACGACGAGGUGACCACGUUCCUGGGCGAGUGGGGGCCCUUCCAGCGCCUUAUCUUCUUCCUGCUCAGCGCCAGCAUCAUCCCCAACGGCUUCAAUGGAAUGUCAGUCGUGUUCCUGGCCGCCACCCCGGAGCACCGCUGCCGGGUGCCGGACACGGCGAACCUGAGCGGCGCGUGGCGCAACCACAGUAUCCCGCUGCGGCUGCAGGACGGCCGCGAGGUGCCUCACAGCUGCCGGCGCUACCGGCUCGCGGCGAUCGCCAACUUCUCGGCGCUCGGGCUGGAGCCGGGGCGCGAUGUGGACCUGGAGCAGCUGGAGCAGGAGGGCUGCGUGGACGGCUGGGAGUUCAGCCGGGACAUCUACCUGUCCACCAUCGUGACCGAGUGGAACCUGGUAUGUGAGGACGACUGGAAGGCCCCACUCACGGUCUCCUUGUUUUUCGUGGGUGUGCUGGUGGGCUCCUUCGUUUCGGGGCAGCUAUCGGACAGGUUUGGUCGGAAGAACGUGCUCUUUGUGACCAUGGGCAUGCAGACAGGCUUCAGCUUUCUGCAGGUCUUCUCGAAGAACUUUGAGAUGUUUACUGUGCUGUUUGUCCUUGUGGGCAUGGGCCAGAUCUCCAACUACGUGGCAGCAUUUGUCCUGGGAACAGAAAUUCUUGGCAAGCCGGUUCGUAUUCUAUUCUCCACGUUAGGAGUGUGCAUAUUUUACGCGUUUGGCUACAUGCUGCUGCCGCUGUUUGCUUACUUCAUCCGAGACUGGCGGAUGCUGCUGCUGGCGCUCACAGCACCCGGGGUGCUGUGUGUGGCCCUCUGGUGGUUCAUCCCUGAGUCCCCCCGAUGGCUCAUCUCUCAGGGACGACUUAAAGAGGCAGAGGUGAUCAUCCGCAACGCUGCCAAAAUGAACGGGAUUGUUGCACCCUCAACUAUCUUCGAGUCAAGUGAGCUGCAAGACCUGAGUUCUGAGAAGCAGCCGUCCCACAGCAUUCUGGAUCUGCUCCGAACCCGGAAUAUCCGAAUGGUCACCGUCAUGUCCAUAAUUCUGUGGAUGACCAUAUCAGUGGGCUAUUUCGGGCUCUCCCUCGACACUCCGAACUUGCACGGGGACGUCUAUGUGAACUGCUUCCUUUUGGCAGUGGUUGAGGUCCCUGCGUACGUGCUGGCCUGGUUGCUGCUGCAGCACCUGCCCCGGCGCUAUUCCAUGGCCACGGCCCUCUUCCUGGGCGGCAGCGUUCUCCUCUCCGUGCAGCUGGUGCCCCCAGAUUUGUAUUACUUGGCCACCGUCCUGGUGAUGUUGGGCAAGUUUGGAGUCACUGCUGCCUUUUCCAUGGUGUACGUGUACACGGCUGAGCUGUACCCCACCGUGGUGAGAAACAUGGGCGUGGGGGUAAGCUCCACUGCGUCCCGCCUGGGCAGCAUCCUGUCUCCCUACUUCAUUUACCUCGGUGCCUACGACCGCUUCCUGCCCUACAUUCUCAUGGGGAGUCUGACCAUCCUGACAGCCAUUCUCACCUUGUUCCUCCCAGAGAGCUUCAGCACUCCCCUCCCAGACACCAUUGACCAGAUGCUAAGGGUCAAAGGCAUAAAAUACAGGCAAACUCCAGGCCACACAAGGAUAUUAAGAGACGAUGAAGAAAGCUCCACAGUCCUUAAAAGCACAGCCUUAUAACACAACCUCCAG